AUGAAAUUAAAAUUGAUAGUAAAUGGUUGUGAAGCGCCAGAUGAUUACAAAUUACUGAGAACUACUAUCAAUACGGUGGCUUCGCUACGAAAAACGGCUAUUUUAAGAUUUAAUAGCGAAAGGUUGACAAUAAUAUCCACCCCAAAAUCAUCACUAAACAGUAGUAACAAUGGUACAAUAUUACGAGGAGAUACCGGUCAACUUUGGUGUACCAUUCCUCAAGAUGUAUUUAGAUUAUAUACAGUCAUAUCAGCUCGUGAACUCAAUACAAUAACCAUGGAGUGUAAUUGUGAUUCCUUAUUAAGUGUUUUUAAAAGGUAUGAUCGAGUAAUGAAUCAAGGAUCUUCUUCUAACAUGACCAUAAAACUACAGUCAAUGCCAGAAUGGAAUACAAAUAACGGAACACUUUCAGGAGGAACAGCAGGGGGUGUAGAUACGACGUCAAAACCGAACCCUAUUUGUGCUUUAGGUAUAACGUUUGAAGAAAUUGUACAUACCAGCGGCCCAAAUGAUGCUAUAGUUAUGAAUGGGGGAGUGGAUGAGCACAAUGGUUUACCAACGACAGUAGGCACAGGAAACUUACUCGCAACUAAUAAGGUUAUCAUGCAUUCAUUCAAAGUACCCGUCAAGUUAUUAUUCCGUGCACAAGAUACGCGGAUACAGGAGCCUAUGAUUAAUUAUAUCCAACUGAUGAUGUACAAACUGCCCCCAAUAUCGGGUGAGUUUGGCUCUGCUUUCCACGGGUUUAUUAGGCGCGUUGAACGGUAUAGUAAUGUCAACCACAUUCAUUUGAUGGGAGUCAAAAAAAAAGAGCAUGGAAAUGAGGGAGAUGACGUAGAGCUUAAGAUAAUUGUGAAUGAAUUGGAUUGGCAUUUGGAAAUAUGUUGGAAUGGGCCCUUAGAUUCUGUGAUACAACAUCAAGAAGGAAACUCUGACAAUCUUUCCCAAAACCACAACAUCGACACAAACGGCCAGCAGGACGAAGGAUCUCUUCCCAUUGUCGAAGCAGAUAAACCAAUGUCUUCAUUAUAUACCAAUACUAGAGAUCGAGAGAUGGAAGAAAAUAUCCGCUACGAUGAAGAUUUAUUAAGAAUUGAGGAUAGCUCGGUUGCAGAUACGCGAAACAUCUACACAGCCGACACCAGCGAUGAUACUGGAUUCAACGAGGUAUCUGUUAUGGUGGAAAAGGCAGAACAGGAAAGUUCAUCUACCCAUGAAGUAAUAAUCCGUUGCAAAGAUUGGAAAGUCUGUUCCAAGUUAUACGCAGCAUUUGAAGAAGUUGUCUUGGCGAUUUCUCACGACGAAUCCUGUGUAUUCCACUGUUCGUUAGAUCGUGGUAGUUUGGAAGAUAGCGAAGAUGUGGAAAAACCAAGGGAAAGAGGACAAAUUAUAUACUAUAUAGCAAGAUCGAAGGGCUUGUAA